GCAGAGGCAUUUAGGCCCAAUAGGUCUUCGUUGUUGGUCAUUAUGGUUCUCUUGAAGAGUGAAAUUUCUCUGAAUCUAUGUAGAUCCAACAAGUAG